GGAAAGCUCCUUACAAGAGACGAGCCUGCCAGCGACACACAAAGCGAACAGUCAUUUUCAUUUUUCAGUUUUUGUUCCAUACCCGGCGUGUUUUCGCUGAUUUUGAAAAAGAAACACGGAGUGGAAAUCCUCGGAGUUCCUGGGAAUCUGCAGACAUGAUGUCACGGACAUGGCUGGUUUGCUGCGAGAGCUCCGUGUCUGAAUGACUCCCACUCUCAGAUCAGACCAUUUCAAGAGGAACUGAAUAAACAAAAAGGCAUCAGGGAAAUGACCUAAAUACCAUCAGGCGUGGCAGACAACCUGGUGCAAUUCUCUGUUUUCAUUCACAAGGAAGACACAUGCAUCAGCGCACAUACAAGCACAACACAUGUAUAAAUCCUGCCCUUCCCUUCCUGCCAUUCGCCCCAUGGAUUCCUACGGCUUCCACUUUGAGAGAAUGAGCAACGUGGACCUGCAUCCUCUGAGCCUGCCUGUCAGCCGGCUUUCCCCAGCGAAGUCCAACAGCAGCAUCGUUGACCAGCUUGCCCACCACCAACACGGCAAAGGCGACUCUGCCUACAGCUCCUUUUCUGGUGGAUCCACUGCCCCAGACUACCCCUCACCCUUUCUUCCAGACGACCUGCAAUCUAACCACUUCAGCCACUAUGCUGAUCUUAAGUAUGUGAAGUCUAUUUACCAGCCGACUCAAGUUCUGCAGUCAGACUCCAAGGCCAUGGACCAGCUGUAUCGCUCCGUUGAAGCUAUCUCUCAGCAAUGUCAGAACAGUACCAACUCCAACGUAAACCAUCAUAAUCUCAAUGGAAAUGAUAGUUUUCAUUGUAACAAUAAGUCACAGUCUAAACCAGAGGUGCAUUUUGGAAGUUUGCCCCAGAAUGCAUACCCGCCUGUCCGUCCUCCUCCUGUUCCUACACGCCUGGAUAGCUACAUAGCCACUAAAAACCUGGAGAACAGCAGAGUCCAGCACCAUGGCAAUAAUGACUAUCAGUCCCAGAAACCACAGCCUCAACAGCAGCAACUCAGAAGUCAUGACAGACUCCCUCCGCAACCCCAUGGCGUAAAUACCCCAAGAUCAGAGAAAAUUAACCCCGAUACAUUCAAGUCAUUAAGUUCCAACCCAGUCUACUCAGUUUGGAAAGGUACUCAGCAGCAGCAGCCACAGAUCCAGCAGCCACCAAGCUACCGGCCCCAAUCCCAUUCCUCCGAUCAGACCAGGGUGCCAUUGAACCCAGAAUACCUUUCUAUCUUGGAUAAAAAAGCAACCACUGAACAGCAGAAGUCAACAAACAUCCUAAGCCGAUCACCUCCUCGAGGCACGAGCCAGACUGAGCACUUGACACAGAAACAACCCUCGAGCAGCAGCGGAUGCAAUGGAGACCAUCACAGCAAAUCUAGUGGCAGCAAUAACAAUUUUGAAAGUCAGCGCAAAAGGGCACGCUCAGCUCAAGAUUGGAUUGGUUCAGAGGCAGUUCGAGCUGCCAGUCCUUUGAAUGCUGGACAGAGUUUUGUAAGCAGUAGCAUCCAACAUAAGGGUCAGUUCUACUUUGUCACUGGAAUGUGUAAGCAGACUGAAUCUGGUGUGAGAACACAAUCUCUAUCUGUGUGUGGGUCUGACUUGGGGAGAGAGAUCUCUUCUAUGCUGGAGACACAACAGCCACGAGAAACAGAAAGAUGCCACAGCACAAUGGAUAAUUUGUUUAGACCUCUCCAAGCGAGUUCUCGCUCUUCCAGUGGUACAAUUACACAGGAGAGAGAGGCUUUCAGUUCUUUGUCUCAGGGUAAGGACAUGAUCUCCAAACGCCAAGAUCAGGAGAACCACAAACCAUCUGUCUUUUCGACACAGUCUGCUCAAAGUUUUGACGCUAUUGAAGAUAUUGACACGACGCAGAAUCGAGAAAUUGGACGUCACACACCCAGCAAUCCCAUAUUCUACUGCGGACCUGACAGGAACUGCCCGCAAACCAUGCAAGCAAAUGAUUUCACUUCACUGGCCAGCCAGGAACAGGCCAACCACCUGAGCAGACAGGAGCAGAUGAAAAGAGGGAAGCGGCAGCCCUUGGGGGACGUUGCAAGCGAAAGGAUCAAUAAAGAAACGACCCCACUCCUCUAUCAUCUCACUGGGGCGAGCAGAGCAGCUUUACAGCCCAAGAAAGAACCAGAUUUCAAUAAAAACAUGAAAAGCAAAGAUGCAGUCCUGAACAAAACAGGCCAAGGAGAUGUGGCUGUAAAUGCUGAGAUACUGUCACAAUCUGAAAAAAGCAAGGUUGAAAAAGGUGAAGUUGCAUGUAACACCCUCGAUGACUCAUUCAAAAAGUACUACAAGGAGAAGCUGAAGGACGCCCAGUCUAAAGUCCUGAGGGAGACAUCCUUUAAAAGGAGGGACCUGCAGCUGUCAUGGCCACACCGUGUCAGGCAGAAACCAGAGCUGAGGCCAGCAGUCAUUCACUCUUUCUCCUCGUCACAGGACUCUGAGACCUCCACAGACACGCUCACGCCUUCUGUGGCCUCCGAGGAGACGGAGAAAGGCAGCAUUAAAGAAGAAGCCACGGAGUAUCAGAUGGAGAUCAGCAAAGAGACCGAGAAGGAAAAUGGGAGGCAAGCAAACGUAGCCCAGCCUCAGGUGGCACGCAUUGGAGGCAGGAAGAGACUGACUCAAGAGCAGAAGAAGAUGUGCUACUCUGAACCAGACAAGCUCAAUCAGCUUGGUGGUGGCCCCAGUCAUUCGGCAUGUCGCUCCUUUGGUAAUGAAAGUGAAAACCAGUUUGCAGGUGAAUAUGAGAAUGACGAGCAUGUGCAACAGGGAGAACAGGGACUUGUUGCAGCACGUAGGAAGAUGUUUGAGACAAGAGGUCGAGCCCAGUCAGCCUCAAGUGCCUCAAAGACGAACCUGAAGCAUAUGCAGCACAAGGCCUUGGUGGAAUACAUGGAGCGUAAGACUGGACAAAAAGUGGCUGAGCCCCAGCAGUCAAUCCCUCAGUUACCAACUCCACCCAGACAGAGGCACUCUCUUGGGGAGAAACCAUUCGACUGGGGCCCGAGGCCCUUAUCAGCGAAUCAGGACAAUAAAAAUACAAAGAAGAAACUGAACAGACCCCACUCUGCAGGCCGCAUCCUCGAUUCCUCCAGCAGCUCUAUCAGGUAUGCCCAGUUCUUCUCAGCUCAGUCUUGCUCUGGCCAGUACGGUGGCCAGCAUGAUCAGUCCAGAUGGAGGGAAAGCCAAGGCCCAUCUCAGGGAAAGUGCGUUUCAGUGGAGAGUCUUUUAGACCAGCCAGAACCACCCAGCCUCUUCAGGAACCGUUCUACGUCCACGCCACAUGCUUUUCAGGCACAUGAUUGUGAGAAGGAUCCAUUACCCGUUAAUACUAUGGAGACCUGGAGCCUCCAGAAGCAUCCGUCUGAGGAAAUCACAGUGAAGCAGGCAUCUGAGGGCCAACAGCUGAUCCGGGUUGCACAGAGAGGGAAGUCCAUGGAAGAGCUGGGGGCCUCAAAGGUCACAAAGCUGGCGGCCCUCAGUAAAAGCUCUGAGCAGCUGGAUCAGCUGUGGAGGCAUUCGAGUGGGCCGGGAGGACAAAACAGAGAUAAGAGGAGUGUCUCAUUCUUUGCUGAAGUCAGAGAAGCCCAGGGGCUGGAAAUAGAGAAGAAGGACAAACAGAUGGCAUCUGAGCUGAUUGGAAAAGAAGUAGCGGUGGAAUAUCAGAACAAUACUCAGGGACAGACACAAAACCAAACCCAGAGAAAAUCCCUACUGAAGCAGAGCUCUGAACCAGAACAGGAUGAAGGAGCAGCAACGAAGAACUCAAGCAGAUCCACCUCCCCAGCCUCCAGCUCUGCAUCCCAAACCUGGGGUCACUCAGCAUCCUGUGGAUCUCACAGCCCUGUUGAAUCAAGGUCCAGCAGGCCUCAAAGUGGGACUUCCUCCGACUCACAUUACCACAGAAGUGUAGAGAUCAAUGAGAGGGAAAUGAAAUCCACCUCGCCCUCCCCAACCCAGACAAAACUUCUUGGUGAAAGCAGGCCUAGCUCCAGAGCCAAGUCUUGUCCCUCCGUGACUGGAUCAGAGAAGGAGCAGUCGGUGGAUGAACCGAGUCGUGACGCCCACCCAUCGGAUUCAAACCAUGAAGUGUCUCUAAGCUGCGGUGUCACCACAGACCCUUCCCUGUGGAUUCUCCCACCAGAGGGGGAGAUCAGAGAGGACGUCCUGAUUUUAACGCUGACAGACGAUGUUUUUGAUGAGCCGACCAGCCCCGUCACUUCAAAGCAGACAAGCGAAGCGUCUGUGUCCCCCUGCAUGUCCGUCUCCGAUGCGGACCUCACUCAGCAGGUGGAAGAGGACAAAGAUCCUCACCUGGAAGAUGAGAAGCUGGGCGAAAGCCCAGAGUUUGAGGAGAGGGGGACACCAGAGGGACAGACGGAGGCUGUGCAAAGGCCUGUUGAGAGACCUCAGUGGGAGGAGCUUGUAGAAGCCGUCGUCCAAGACGACCAGUCAUUGGCGAGAGUGCUCUACCCGCUAGCCAAUCGUAAGACGGCACUGAUGCUGAUGGAGCAGCUGCUUUCAGAGGACACUCUGCUGAUGGAGGAGCACUAUAAGAAGAAACAGGAGCAGCAGGGAACUUCAGGAAGCACCGAAGUGGUGGAAGGAGCUGAACUCUGCCCGUGUCCUUCUGCGUCUGGCAGUCAGAAGUCUGACGGUACACACCUGCAGAGCAAAGCUGAUAUUACAGAGAAGAAGCGUCUGUUGGUGUCUUACAUCGAGGAGCGCCUGCGAUCGUUUGAUGAGACCCGCGGCGCCCUCCAGAUGGACGUGCAGGAGAACGCGGCCAGCGGACAGGCGCUGGAGGCGCUGGUCCGCGAGCGCUGUCUCCCCGUGGAGCUGGAAAGGUACAACCUGUUCAUAGCGGACCUGGAGAGGGUGGUCAGCCUGCUGCUGUGCCUGUCAGCUCGGCUGGCCCGGGUGCAGAACGCCCUGAGCACCGUGGACCAGAACACAGACGCUGAGGAGAAGCAAUCUCUGGACAGUCGCCACCGUCUGCUAUGCAAACAGAGGGAGGACGCCAAAGAUCUGAAGGAUAACCUGGACCGCAGAGAGAACCAGAUCUCCACCUUCCUGUCCCGCCAGCUUUCGGCCGAGCAGCUGCAGGACUACCGGCGCUUCGUGCAGACCAAGGCCUCGCUGCUCAUCCGGCAGAAGGACCUGGAGGAGAAGCAGAGGCUGGGAGAGGAGCAGCUGGAGGCUCUUUCCAACAGCCUCAAACUGUGAGAGCGUAAAGAAACAAGAGAUCCGGAGUUCACUUACUCUGCUUGCCCUGAAACAAAGAUGGUUUGUCCAGAAAGACAUGCUGAGAGUAUUUUUGGCUGUACUUUCAGGCUCGGUCUGCCUGAUGAGAGGUAUCACUGAUCUCUCCAACCUUUUGCACCCCAUCGUGACGUUCUUUUGUCCUCCUGAAAGAGUUUCUGCCUGAGCUGCAUCGUCUUGUACUGCUCUCCUCUCAUGAGUAUCGACGGUACACGGGGCGAGCGUGAAGCGGAGCGCCCACUCAGACACUCUCAUCAACUCUCCGCCCAGACUGGAAGUGAACCGUCUCCGCUCUCUUUUCGGCGUGCCUUCACAUCGUUGUUGCUGUAGAAUUUUUUUUUUUUUUCUUCCAUCUGAGCUGCUGUGCAGAAACUUAGCAUGUCAUUCCUCCUAAGUGAUUCAGAAACUGUCCUUCACUUUUCCACCCAGAUGAUAGUCCGACAGCCCCAGAUCUGCACCUCCGGAAACCUUCGAUAAGCUUUAAGAUUGUAUUUGGGCUGUGAGGUGGUUUCAGUGAAAUAGAGUUGCCUGAGAGAGCGUGGUGUACUGUUUAUUAUCAGUAAAAUGUAAAAUAGUUGUUGUAGAUUAUGUUAUUGUUUUGUAAUGUUUUUGUUUUUAAAAUGUAUUUCAAAUUAAGGCACUAAAAACCAAAAAAAGGUGAAAUGAUAAAAAAGCACUUUGGAAAGAUACAUAAAUGCACAUUUCUUCUAAAGCAAUUCAGAAUGAUUUCAAACGACAGCCUUACUUACUCCAUCCAUCCAAACAAAACCUAGAAUCAAUAGAAAUGUUUUUUUUUUUUUUUAAGAUGUAUUCUCUAAAAAGGUACAGAGCACAUCCAACCUCUUUCAGGAUUGUGAACAAAUACUUUCCCAGCUGAUUUCAUACUUAAUGUUAAAUCUCCAUGAUUUCAUGCUGGAGCGGCUCCGCGUACGGAGGCGCUAAACCUCGUGAAAGCAGAUUAUAAGUAAGCAACAAUUAUAUCACGGAGUAUUUCCCCUCAUUUGUCCCCUCGUUGCAAAAGUGACACGUGAUACUUGAAAUGCCUUUUUUUUAUAAGAGGAAAGUCCACAAGCUCCACUGCAGGAGUCUUAAACUGUUCUUCUCUCCUCUACCUCCACACCCUGUAGCUUCCUUUUUAGCUUUUAUUUAAAUUCACACACUCAAUCAACUAACUUCAAACUGCAUAUUCAUGUCUCUAUGUUAAUAUUUGUCAUUAGUUUAUAGAGUUUUAUUCAUUUCUUUGUACUGAACGGAGACCGGAAGCUCCGUCACUCUUAUGUGCGCGCAAAAUCAUGGAUGUCUUAAAACAUGGAAAGGUUUAGUUGUUUGAAGAGAAGGACAGAACCCCUCUCCGUGUUUGCUGUGUUAGCUCUUAAUGAAAAGCUCUAAAUGAGAGAAAAUGUCCAGAAAAAAAAAAAAGCUGCGAUGUAUGUAAUAUUUAAGAUUUUCAAAGUGUGGGAAGAAAUUAUAAUGAAGAGAAAUAAGUAGAGUAAAACUAUUAACUCUCUUAUCUUUGAUUUAGAAUUUUACAACUAAAUCCAUUAAAGGUGUAACUGAGACUGAAUGGAAUGAAGUGUAAUGAAAGCUAUUGGUGUAAGACGAUAUGUAAAGACGAUUGAAACUCUGCUUUUUAUUGGCCUCUGAUUCAAACAGCUUCUAAGAAUUACUGCUGAGUGUGAAACGAGUCCCACACUUUGAAAACCUAAGAUUUCUUAAAAAAACAAACAAAAAAAAAAAGUCUGAAUUGAAGAGAAAAAAAAAAAAGAUUAAUAACCUGUAACUAAUAGCAGCAGCAGCAGGUUCUCCUCAGACACUAACAACUCAUUUCUCUUCCUGUUUUUGUGCUAGACACUUUCUCUGCCUCGGCUCCGAAAACAUUUCUCCAGAGAUUUACUUUUCAGUUGGCUAAACAAACGUAUGCUUGUUUUGGCCUUUGUGCUGACGCAGGGCCGAGGAGUUGGAGGGACUCUUCUGUUGUUUCCCGCAGCCUGCUGGAAUUCCUCAAGUAUGCAAAAGACCAACAUUGUGGAGAGCGAGAGGACUCGGGGGAGAGAGUGAGGAAAGGAGCAGCACAUGGAGAAAUACUCCCGUUUUUAGCUUCCGUUUGUGUGAACACAAGCAAAUAUUCCAAGACUUCCUGAGUCUCUUUCUUGUUUCUCUCUUUUAAUCAAAGCAGUGUUUUUGCCGGAGUCACAGAGAAGGAAGUCUUCUUUUGUUCACGAGACUGGAAACAGUCCAGAGUUUGUGUUAAAGCCAAGAAGGAAAGACAUUUCAGCAAGAGACAUUUCUAAAUCUGCUUCUUCUGCUGUAUUUCACACCCGUUGUUCUCUCGUUUUGUGCCUGUUUGGAGUUUUAUAUUCCAUGAUGUUUGUUAUAUUGUGAAUAAAUUAAGCCUCCCCCUCUUC